CGCCAAACCAAACCAAACCUCCCGCCCUCUCCCCACUUUCAUCCCCUCCCCGCAACGGCCCAACCACCAUGGCGUCUUCCUCCUCCAGCCCCUCGUCAACUUCGCCCUCCACCGCUUCACGUUCUGAAUACCAAGAUACCGAUCAUUUGGCCGCUCAGUCCCUCUACGAGACGACGUAUCCUCCGCUCCCCACCCGUGAAGCCGCUCCAACAACGAGCGCCGCCCUCGGCGUCGCACCAGGCGCCAUCAACGCCUCGGCCACCGCGCCCGGCGUCUCCCGCUCCAACACACGAUCUCAAAUAUACCACACCCUCUGGGGCGGCACCAAACGCGUCCCCCUGCCCACCAACAUCUCCCUCGCCCUCGCGCACCAGAGGAGAUGUCGAGGUCGGACUCGGACUCGGAACUCCGCGGAUGUCUCCCAGCCCCGCCGGAAUAACCCCGUGGGCUUAUCCCAGCACGUCUCCUACGCGUCGCGCCUGGACCUGGAUUCGGGGUGGGGUACCGCACCGGCCCCGACGUCCGCGCUCGCCCCGAUGAGGUCGUCCACCGCGAACCCGUCGCCGCCUACGUCGGCAUGGACCAGGCCCUUCCUCUCGUCGAGCACCGUGGCCUCAACCCGGACGGACAACAGGAUAGCCGUCGCCGCCACGCCGCCACCCGACACCACGCUGGUGCCCGACGCGCCAGGCUACGCGCCCGCCGUGGCGACGAGCGUUGACACCGAGCCGGAGCCGAACGCGUCCAUCUCCACCACCUAUUUCGCGCCCGCCGUGGCGACGAGCGCUGACACCGCGCCGGAGCCGAACGCGUCCAUCUCCACCACCUCUUUCGCGCCCGCCAUGGCGACGAGUGCUGACACCGCGCCGGAGCCGAACGCGUCCAUCUCCACCACCUCUUUCGCGUCCGCCGUGGCGACGAGCGCUGACACCGCGCCGGAGCCGGACGCGUCCAUCUCCACCACCUAUUUCGCGCCCGCCGUGGCGACGAGCGCUGACACCGAGCCGGAGCCGGACGCGUCCAUCUCCACCACCUCUUUCGCGCCCGCCGUGGCGACGAGCGCUGACACCGCGCCGGAGCCGAAUGCGUCCAUCUCCACCACCUCUUUCGCGCCCGCCGUGGCGACGAGCGCUGAUACCGUGCCGGAGCCGGACGCGUCCAUCUCCACCACCUCUUUCGCGGCCGGCGUGACGACGAGCGCUGACACCGCGCCGGAGCCGGACGCGUUCAUCUCCACCGCCUCUUUCGCGCCCGGCGUGACGACGAGCGCCGACCGCGCGCUAGAGCUAGACGCGCUCACCUCCGCCUCCUCUUCUGCACCCGGCGCAGACCCAGACAUCUCCAGCAUUAUAGACGACUUGGAGACCUUGUUCGUUGCAGGAUCGGGCAUGCAAGCGAUCGGCGACAGAGGCGUGCACCCCGUCGACGACUUCUAUCCGGACCUAUUCCAGGCGUGGCGAGAGGAUGUCGCGUCGCGGGCGUGGCGAGAGGAUGUCGCCCCGCGGGCUGGGCGAGAGCAUUUCGCGUCGCGGGCGUGGCCACAGGAUGUCGCGCCGCGGACGUUCGGCUACUACGACAUACCUGCCGCCGACAUCCCGCUCUGUUCGGAGUGCCGCAUCCGAUCCGCACAGAUCGAGGCUAGACAUUACGACCAUUUGGACAUCUGCGCCCGGUGCUACGCCAAAAAGUUCGUCUGCCCGAUAUGUGGCUAUGAUUUGGGAGUGCCGCCUUCGACCGGCACACAUCGAGGCUAGACCUUACAGCCGUUUGGUUCGUCUGCCCGCUGCUUAUUACCUGGCUACUGUAGCGUUCAGAUACGCAUCCAUUCUUGCUGGUAGCAUAUUUGCGAAUUGCAAACGAUGCUCUGUUCUGUGAAUUGAAUUCUUGCUGGUAGCAUAUUGCGAAUUCUUAUUACGAAUUGCAAACGUAGUUGCACUGUGAAUUUCUAUCGAUUCUUGCUGGUAGCA